AUGUUCCAAACAUUCAGUGGGAGUUCUCGUAAACCAAGACAAGUCAAUCUUUCCGGCCAAAAUCCAAAUCCAUUCGCUGCCAGCUCCUGGAAUUCUUCCGCUUCCGCUGCUCAGAAGACAUUGGCACAUGCGCAACAAGAGAGAGAACAGCGUCAGAAAGAAAGAGAGAGGCUCAACGCUUCGAAGAAAAUCCAGAGGGUAUGGAGGGGUCAUAAAGUCAGAACCGAGCUUGCCGAUGCACGAAGACGACAAUACCAUUUGUCCUACACUUCUCAGGAAGAAGGGCCCGAUGCGCCCAUCACGGUUGAGCAACUACAGUUGUUGUUUGCAUUUUGCAGCCCCGAUCGGGAGGAUGAUAUAGCACAAUUGACGGCACUUGGUAGAAAGUUGGUUAUUAAUAAUAAUGCCGAACUUAUAGGUCAAGCAGAGUAUCAACCUUAUUUGCCGAAACUAGCAAAGCUCAUACUCAGCGCGGUCAUGCGUUCCUUACCCAGCUACGACACAGCCCUAUUCAAGUUACUGUUGAAUAUACUAGUGUACAGAAGAGAUAUACUCUCACAUAUUUCAAUUCCUUAUUACAACUUUCUGUCAGCUGCAGUGGUCAACAGCAGUAUCACUGAUGGACGUCGUGCAGAGCUUGUCUCGGCAGUACUCUUUCCUCUUGAAGAGCCUCCUUUGACGCCAGCAGAUUCGUCCAAUAUCUAUUCAGCCAUGGCAUUUCAGUUCCUUACCACUCCAAAUUUGGAGACUAGACUGGGAGAUUUACAAGGACUCGCAUCUAAGAUGAGCGGCAAUCUCCUAGCUACAGCUAUAGUCCGUGACUAUUCAAACAUCUCUUCCUCGCAGUCAAAUCCAGAGGCAAAGCUAUGGCUGCUUGCUCACUUCAUUGCAACAUAUCAUAUGCGAGAGCAUCGUGAACAGGAAGUUGAGCUAUUGAGAGCCUUAUCUCUCCAGCUAACGGCGUGCUCAGUCGAUAUUAUUGGCAAGAUCGAUGGCGUUGAACCAAUAUCUAAUACUUCUCAAAAAAAUGAAAGCGAAGAAACGGGAAUCCAUCUUGUACGGAACUUGCCCACAUUCAUCAGUAGUCAGUUGAUGUCUUUAGUAAAUAAAGCUUCAAUAGUAGGACUACUGGAGAGAUUUAACAUCGAUUAUGCCAAAAGGUCGACAACGGGCCAGGAGGAUGCAAGCUUCUUGGCGAGUUAUGCUCUUACACUGUUGAGAAUCUUCCCACAUCGUGCGGAUGAAAUUAGAAUGUGGCUUUGUUCUAGCUCUAUGACAGCUUCAAAUGGUGACCAGGUGCUGGCUCUCAAGUUCUUUUGGCAGGCAAUGAGCUCAACGAGCACCUUCAAAGCUAUCGUGGCGGAUUCGAAGGCUGCGUUAGAAAUUCUUCGAUAUCAAAAGCAACACAGUAAUGAACCAUCUCAAGAAGUUUUGUCAAGAAAUCGAGAAUGGAGAACCAUUCUUCUUUUCCUAGAACUUUAUACAUUUGUCCUAAAAUUCAUAGACGAUGAGGACUUCCUCGGCGGCAGCAUGGAGUCAAGUCAAGCAAGUGGAACUGUUUCCAAGAUUCGAGGGAGUGCCCUGCCAUUGGAAUCUGUCGAGAAACUCACCCUUUUCCUGAAGAACAUCUCAUUCACUACUUAUUAUAAUGCUGCAGAACUUUCUACUGAUGAUAAGCCCGGUAUGGAAGAUGUUUCAAGCACCUAUAUCAGCAUCAACAAUCAAUCUGGAAAGGAGCGAGAGGGCCUUGACGAGGGGUCAACGACAAGUAACUCAAGUUGGCCAUUCGCCGGAAUUUCGGGCAUGACGUUCUACUAUAUGAGGACAAUUGUUAUCGGGGUCAUGCGAAUGAUCUAUGAACGAGAUUCGAGACGACAAUUUUUGCCAAAAGAUCAUUGGCUCAUGACGACACGUUUUGACAUGAAAGGCUUUAUUGUUGAUGUUAUUAAGGAGCAAGAAAGACGACAAGAAGUUGUAGACGGUGAAGGUACUGAAGACGAGAUUGAUGAAGACGCAGAAGAGUUUGGGCGUGUCCAGAGCAUCAAUAUAAGGCGUCUGACUCGACCGCAUCUGAUGAUACAGCAGGAGAAUUUCAGUCGGCAGCAGCGAAAAAUCUAUAAACGCAAACUCAUGGCCACCGUUGGACCAAGAAUUGAGGUGUUAGAAAAUAUGCCAUUUGUUAUCCCUUUUGAAACUCGUGUUGAGAUAUUUCGUCAGUUCGUCAUGUUGGAUCAACUCAAGAGACGAGCAGGUGUCGUUGAUCCAGAUUUAUGGCGAAUGCGAAUGGAAGAUAUGUCACAUACUCUGCAUGCUGCACGAUUAGUUCUUGGCAGGCAUUAUGCACGGAUUCGUCGAGAAAGCGUUUUUGAAGAUGCUUUUGAGGCCUUCUACCCGCUGUCAGAAGGUCUUAAGGAACCAAUUCAGAUCACGUUUAUUGACAGCUUCGGUACUGCUGAGGCUGGUAUUGAUGGCGGUGGAGUGACGAAAGAGUUUCUUACCAGUGCAACAAAUGAAGCAUUUCGCGGCCCUCUAGGCUAUGGUAGUCGCACAUCCCUUUUUGUGACGAAUGAUCAAAAUCUACUCUACCCCAAUCCAACAGCGACUGAACAAGAUUAUGAAUUUUUGAGAUCGAAUGGGAUCACCGAGACCAACCCUGAUUGGAAGGCACAUAGCGCACAGCUGCGCAAUCGCAUGCAAUUCUUAGGUCGCAUAGUAGGGAAGUGUUUGUAUGAGGGAAUUCUUGUCGAUAUCAAUUUUGCUGGAUUUUUCCUUCUCAAAUGGUCUGCUGCAUUUUCUGGUUCAGAAGCAACAAGCCGUGGCAAUCUCAACGAUUUACGUGACCUUGACGAAGGAUUAUAUCAAGGGCUAUUAAAACUCAAAAAUUAUCCUGGAAAUGUCGAAGACUUCUCGCUCGACUUCACCAUAACCGACACCAUUCCCAGCCACAUACCGGGUGGCCGUCCUAAAAUUAUCACCCGGGAUCUUAUGCCAAAUGGCUCCAAUAUUCCUGUUACAAAUGAAAAUCGUCUCCUCUACAUUGCAUACGUCGUUCGCCACCGUCUCCAUAUUCAACCUUACGAACUUACCCAAGCUUUCCUUCGCGGUCUCGGCCAAAUCAUAAAUCCUUCAUGGUUAAGCAUGUUUAACCAAGUCGAACUUCAAACUCUAAUUUCCGGCGAAACAUCCGAGAUCAACAUUGAUGAUUUACGUAGAAACACAAGAUAUGGCGGUGUAUAUGAGAUUGGAGAUGAUGGACUUGAACACCCAACUGUCAUGAUGUUUUGGCAAGUUAUGAAAGAGUUCGAAGAUGAGGAUAGGAGAAAAGUACUCAAGUAUGUGACGAGCACGCCAAGAGCACCCUUAUUGGGAUUCUCAUCGUUGGUUCCACGGUUUAGUAUCAGGGAUGGUAGUUUGGAUGAGAAGCGACUGCCAAGUGCGAGUACGUGUGUUAAUCUGUUGAAAUUGCCGAGGUAUCAAAGUAAGGAGAAGCUGAAAGAGAAGUUGUUGUAUGCAAUCAAUGCAGGGGCUGGUUUUGAUCUUUCGUGA